AUGGCAAUCGAUUGGGAUAAUAUGUUGGUGUAUAGCACCGUAAAAGUUGUAAAGAUCAAAGAUAGAAAACUUUCUAUUUUGCAUUUCCUCUUUUUGAUUGCUAUUUUCGUUUAUAUCAUUAUCUAUUCAGUCAUCGUAAAGAAAGGUUACUUGGAGACUGAAGUACCAAUCGGUAGUGUAAGAGCUACUCUUAGAGCUCCAUCAAAUUUCACAUAUCCCUUACCAUAUUGUCAAGGACAACCAAAUGCUGAUCCAUCGAUCGGAUUUUUACCAUGUCAAUAUUGGGAUGAGAACUUGGUUACCUAUCCUUUGAAUGACAAAUCAGUUUCAAUUUCAACAAGAGUUAGAUCAUCUGUUCAAUCUGCAAACUGUUCAUUUGCAAGCCCAAACUGUAGAUACCAAGACGAUCCAACCAAAGAUGAAAACUUCUUUAUUGGUGAUAUCGAAAGAUAUACUAUUUAUAUAGAUCAUACAAUGUAUGCUUCAGGAUCAAAGAUUCAAAAGAAUGCUAAAUCUUUGAGUGGUAGAAUUAUUACAGCUGAUGAUAAAUCUGAAACUUUGGAUGAUGGAAUUUCAUCAGUUGGAAUUGCUGGCAAACCAGAUAUCAUUGAACUUGGAACUUUAUUAAAGUUGGCUGACAUUAACUUGGAUGAUCAAUCAUUGAUCGAUAAUUCCACUACUAUUAGAUACGACGGUAUCAACAUAUUUUUAUUUAUUACUUAUUCAAAUACAUUCAGUUAUAAUUUGAACAAGUAUCGUUAUACCUAUUCAGUCAGCAAGAUCGAAAACACCGAAUACACAGUUGCAGAGUCUGUCUAUACAACCGAUGUCGAAAAUAGAUACAUUUUUAAACGUCAUGGUAUCAGAAUUAUAUUUAUUCAAGAUGGAGAUAUCUCUACCUUCCAAUUCCAAGCUUUAUUGAUUACAUUGGUGUCUGGUCUAGGUCUUUUGGCAAUUGCUACAACCAUUACCGAUCUUUUGGCUAUUAAAUUGAUGCCACACAAGCAAACCUAUUCCAACUUUAAAUAUCAAGAGACCGACAAGAUUUCUAAUGAGAUCUCAAUGAACAAACUAGAAACUCAGAUUAAUAAUUUUGUUAGCAAUCAAAUCGUCUAA